AUGCUACCUAAUGUGCACGAUACAUGCUUCGAAGAGGAAGGCGCGGGUGCUCCUGCGUUGCCACCUGUCGAUGGUGGGCGCGAUGCCUGGCUCGCCCUGGCUGGAGGCUUCACGCUCGAGGCGUUGGUUUGGGGCUUCCCAGUCUGCUACGGUAUCUUUCAAACGUACUAUACGACCCACGAGCCAUUUGCGGCAAAGCCGACUGGCAUUGCAUCCAUCGCCACAACAGCGACAGCGAUUAUGUACUUAGGGUCUCCAUUCGUCGCACUCUUCGUGCAGCGCUGGCCUGGACUCCGACGGCUCUCCGGGCUCAUGGGCCUGGUCGUCACUGUGGCGUCGCUCAUUACAGCAUCCUUCUGCAACUCCACCGCCGGCCUGAUGGCAACGCAGGGCGUUAUGUUCGCACUCGGAGGACUAUUUCUUUACUUCCCGGCCAUGUAUGUUAUCGAUGAGUGGUUCGUGCGACGGAAAGGUCUGGCCUUCGGUGUCGUAUGGACUGGUACCGGCUUCUCUGGCGCGGUCUUGCCAUGGGUACUGCAGUGGCUGUUGAACAGCUACGGCUUCCGUACUACACUGCGAGUUUGGGCUGUUGUAAUGGCCAUACUUGCCCUGCCCUGCCUUCUGGUGAUGAAGAAUCGGCUGCCCGUAACACGAACCCACGCACUCCGCCCCAUUGAUUGGAGCUUCAUGAAGCUCCCUCCGUUCUGGUUCUUCGAAGCCGGAAACAUCAUGAUGUCGCUCGCCUAUCCAUUACCAAACCUGUACAUCCCCUCAUACAGUCGCAACAUGGGUAUGCCUUCCUUUUCCGGCCCCUUAGCUCUGUGUCUGCUCAACAUCGCCGCCUGUGGUGGCUAUCUCCUGCAAGGACAGCUGGUCGACCGCUACCACGUUACCACCGCCAUAUUCGUCGCAGUAGCCGGCUCCGUUGUUGCGGUUUUCCUAUUCUGGGGUCUCACUACAUCACAGCCAAUGCUAUACGUUUUCGCUGUGCUGUGGGGCUUGUCAGGCGGCGGCUUUGCUGGCAAUUGGGCCGGCUGUGCUAAUGCACUUCGCACUACCAGUAAUAGCCUUGAUACUGGCAUGGUAAUCUCAUUGAUGUGCGCUGGCAAAGGUAUUGGCUCGGUGGUGACGGGACCUAUCAGCGAGAAACUCCUGCAGGCAGGUGUGUGGCGAGGUGCAGGCUUCGCAUACGGUUCGCAGUACGGCGCUGUCAUUGUGUUUACAGGCGUGACAGCGCUCCUGGGCGGAACGGCAUGCUUGGGAAGACAAUUGAAGCUACUGUGA